GUCCACCUCCGGCCAGCCGCCGCUGCCGCUGCUACGCCAUUUUUGGAUACCCCGUCCUCAACCCCCGUCCGCCAGCAGCCGCAGACCUCGCAAUCUCAUCUCGCCGUCGCCUGGAUUGCCAGUUGCAGCGCCCGUUUGGCAGGAGCCUAGAAACACCUAUCUGGGCCCGAAGGAUCCCUCUGAAUCCACGACAGCGACAUGAAUUUUGUGUAAUUUUCCUCCAAUUGGGAAAGGGGCGUGCACGUUCCUCUGUUUUCUUUCGUUUUCAGCCGUUCCUGCGCGUCUGUUCUUGUCCCAUUCAAUCGGCGUCGGCAUGGCCACCGGAGGAGACGCCGGAGGUGGUGGUGGUGGUGGUGGGGAGAAGGGAAGGAGGAAGAAGGUGGAGCUGCUGCAGGAGGCCAUUCAUGGGCUCCUGGAGGAGAAAAGGGGCAAGCAGCGACAGCAAGGGGAAGGGGAUGAUGGCGCCAUGGAUCGUGAGGAGGAUCUCUUCCUCUCCUCGUUGCUCUCCAAGUUGGAGACGCUGGAAAACGAUGAUGAUCCGGACGGUGCCGAACUGAGCUCCAUCAAUCCUCACCCGGAGAGCGGCGAGGAGGCGGGGCCAGGCGACGUGGCGAAAGACCUGAGCAAGAUCAAGAGGCAGAACAUGAUCACCCACAUCCUGCUCGGCACGGUGAUGGUGAUGAUCGCCGCGUGGCAGUUCAACGAGGUGUCGUUCCUCCUCGCGGUGCAGAAGAAGCUGACCAACCCUUUCAAGUCCGUCGGGGACAUGGUCAAGAGUACCCUCAAGAUAGGGAAGAAGCCGGUGGUCGAGGCGAUCGAGGCGUCGCCUCUGCCCCCUGUCGGCGUCCCGGACGUUGGUCGGGCUGAUCUGCCGAUGCUAGCCAUCGGCGACGGUGAUAGCUAGAUCCGCAGGAUGAAGAGGGAUGACUCGUGCGGCAGAAAUGCCAUGUGUUCUCCCCUCCAGAUUAUGUAAUGUUGUCCAUCUUGUCUACAGAUGAGAUUUGUAUGGCCAUGUGCAUGUGUUCUGGGCUGAUGCCGCAAGUAGGAGAAACUGAAUUUAAUUCAGCAUAUUUUGAUCUCUGCACCAUUUAUUACUGGAGUAAUCAUUAUCACCUGAAAAA